AGGGGGUGGUCGCAUUGUCUGUCGGGACGUUGGCGGUAUGUGAAUUUCUGCCGUCUGUCAGAAACGCUCGCUGAUCUCCCGGUUUGUGUUUUCUUAGGUAAUCAGGUUAUGAAGUGAACCAACAAUACAGAUAGAUUAGUUUAGGUGCUAGCAUAGCUCCAAUCGUUUCGUUCGAGUAGAUAGGACAAACCAACCCUAACUAGCUAGAUCAAGUGCUUGUUGCAUUCAGCCGGUGCGUGCGAGGAGUGGCGGAGCGGGCGAGAAGGUGCACGGCGCUUGGUCGCGGAUCGGGUAGAGAGAGUGGCGGGCCGGUGGAGAGCGAAAGGCGGCCGAUGACUUCGGAGAGUAGUAGUCAACCGCAACAGAAGGAGGAGGUCGAGCUGGGAUCAGUCGUACGAGAUCAAAAGGAAACCGGCGAGGACCAAGGCGGCAUGGUGACCACCAAGGGGGCCGGUCUGAAUCCCAAUGCUAAAGUGUGGCAGGAAGUAUCUGCACCUAGCACCCAGGCUCCAGAAGCGGUCACAGAGACUUGCCAAUGGCCACAAGUGGAUACUAACUCUGAGGACUUAGACGGUUUUAAAGAGUUUGGCGUCGGCUAUGGUGACUUGGAUUCGGCCUCUCCUUUAGAGAGCAACAUGUUGAACGGCAUUGAGUCUGCAGAACUGGAUUACCCACUCUAUGAACCAGUUGAAGGUGAGGCGAUUGAGGAGCAGCCGUUGACUGAGGAGAGCCUGAAGGAGUUGCUUAGGAAACAGCUGGAGUUCUGCUUCUCCAGGGAGAAUCUUUCUAAGGACCUCUAUCUAAUGUCUCAGAUGGACAGUGAUCAGUUUGUCCCUAUCUGGACCAUUGCAAGCAUGGAGGGGAUCAAACUGCUGACUACUGAUAUGGACCUGAUAACUGAAGUGCUUCGAGCUUCUCCCAUGGUGCAGGUGGAUGAGAAGGGCGAGAAGGUACGGCCCAACCACAAACGAUGUAUUAUCAUCCUCCGAGAAGUACCCGAGACUACGCCUGUUAAGGAGGUGGAGGACCUUUUUAAAAGCGAAAAGUGUCCGCCAGUUAUCAGUAUGGAGUUUGCACACAAUAACAACUGGUAUAUCACAUUCCAGUCUGACACUGAUGCACAACAGGCUCACCGGUAUUUACGUGAGGAAGUCAAAACAUUUCAGGGCAAGCCUAUUAUGGCACGCAUCAAGGCUAACAACACAUUCUUCGCCAAGAACCCUUACGGCGCUGUUGAUUCGGGCGCGUACUCGACUGCUCCAUCCCAAUACUCAUCUCCAGUGUACCUGCAGCAGGUGUACCAGCCCCCACAGCAGUACCCCCUUUACAGUCUGCUGCCUCAGACAUGGUCCCCUUCACCAACCCCUUACUUUGAAACUCCUCUGGCUCCAUUUCCCAACAGCACAUUUGUUAAUGGGUUUGGCACAGCAGGAACCUACAAAAAUGGCUCGUCUCCAAUCAGCCUUACACGCAGCUACCCCCGCAACCGACUUCCGCUUUAUUCCAGAAAGAAUGUAAUCAAUGCCUUCAGGAACUACGUGAAGCCACAGUCUCGUGCUGACACAGAGACGUUAUCCGGUGCCGGCAGCCCUCAGCCCCCAUGCACGCCCAACUCUGACACCACUGCUUCCACACUCACACCCUUCUCCGAACCUCCGACUUCCCCGAGGGAGAACCACCACUCGGACCUCAGCGGCCGUGCCAGGAGAGGAAGCUAUCGCGGCAUGAGGAGGAGAAGAGAAGACGAAAGAGUGAGGCAACCUUCUGAAAUGGAGGUGAAAGCUCCGCCCCCAAAGUUUGACCUUGCCGCCACUAACUUCCCACCGUUGCCAGGGGGUGUGCCAAACCAUCUACCAGGUGUGGCCAUGCAAGCAGAAUCAGUGUUGGAAAAUUGCAUGGCAGAUGUAGUUAAGGGCAUCAAUAGGGACAAGUCAGAUGCAAAUAAGCCAGAUGUUAGUCAAGAGUCUGUAACAUGUCAAGUGGAUACGCAGUUGACUGCGCAGCCGACUGCACAACCUUCUCGAGCACCAAAACUCCCCGCCACAAAACCGGACACACCUGCCACAAGUGUGUCGCAUCAAGUGAAUAUAAAAGAAAAAGAGGUUCAGAAGUCGUCUGAUACGCCUCCUAACACUGCAUCAAACGCCACAAGCCCUGUCCAUCCUGUUCCCACCCCCAAACCUUCACACAGUCCAGCAACUUCAAACGCAGUAUCUGCCCCACUCGUACCCAUAAGCACAACUGUUCAGGAGCCUCGGAAGCUGAGCUAUGCGGAGGUUUGUCAGAGGCCACCCAAAGAUCCUCCCCCCGUGCCUGUAGCCCCGCCCAGCCCCACCCCUUCUCCAACCGCUAAUCAACCUCUACGUGAGCUCCGUGUCAACAAAGCAGAAGGUCCGGCCUCGUCCCGCCCCAGCGAGAGGUUCGAGAAAGGAAGCGAAGGUCGGACAUCCAGAGAGCAGAACGGCUAUCAGCGUGGUAACGGACCCAGAGGGACAGGUUUUAAGCUCAGAGAGCAACAAAGACGACCCCCACAGGGUCGGCGCACUUCUCCUCAGUCGGGAUACAACCGACGCAGUGGAAAAGAACAAAACAUCCCACCCAGAUCGCCAAAGUAAUGCCUCACAACACAUGCACAAUUGUGUAUAUUCGUAUACACACAUACAUAGCAAGAGUAUAUAAAUCUAUAUAUCUAUAUAAAUCUACAUUUAAGUACUAGACUGUCUCACUGUGGUGUUGAAGAACCAUCUUCCCUCCAAAUGACCAUGACGUCUGGGAACUCGAUCCUUUAAAAUACGAAAAAACUAUGAAUUUAAGGAAGAUGACAAACCUCUUACUUGAAAGAAGAAACGGAGGCCAUGCUUCCCGUGUUGUAUGAUUUUACAGCGAUUGAUCAGCUUGUGAAUGAGUUUUUAUUUUACUUGUGUUUAAGGUCCUGGCACUAGUCUACAGUCAUGUACAUUUUUGUCUUGAAAUGAAAUGAAAACGUGUCAUCCAUAUGAAACAAAUCACACAAAGACAGCAUGGCACUGCUCUUCACCAGUCUAUACGUCGCACCUGUGCGUUUAUGUGUGUGUACGUUCGUAUUAUGUCCUGCAUUUAUGCCUAAAAUAGGGCUUGGGGAAAUCUUAUAUGGAGAUCCUUUGCCAUGCUUUUGAUGUGCAUAUUUAUAUUUUACAAAUUGCUACUGAUUUGGUUUUGUGGGAGGUAAUAGGUGUGGGAAACGCGUACAGAUAUAACUGUCAAGAAGUACAUUUAUAGUAAACCUGAUGAUGUGACUUUAAAAAUCUGGUGGGACGAUGACUUGCUCAGUGGUCUAUUUAAAUGAAUAUUGUGUGCAAUCAUUAUCAUGCUCACAAAUUGACAUAUAGCACAAUCCCAAGCAAGCACUUCUGCUACAGUCUAAAUUUUGUUUUUUUUACCUGUGAAAAAGUCUGCCAUUGCUGAGAUGAGUAGUGAAUGUUGACCACUUAUUUCUCAUCAUUGGUUAAAAGGUAAUUUUGAUCGAUACAUCAAUGACUGUGAGCGCGUCCCAUUACAAAUCGUGUCAGAAAUGGCUCCCUAUACCCUUAUAUAGUGCACUAUUUGAGGAGACGGCCGUUUUGUAGUGGUGUCCGAAAUUAUAGUGGACACUAUCGAGUGCACUUAAUCAAUCGCACAGCUAGCCGCUACCCUGUACUGUGAGGCACGUGCCAAAUUAAUACCCACGAUGGCGCCCGUAGCGCUUUCGGCACUUACGGCCCGAAUUGACUCAAUCGUUUUCAUUCACUCAUUCAAGUGGACUAUAUUAAUGAACUAAUGUAGGGAAUGGUGAAUGAGGGUGGAGGGCUAUUUCGGACCCAAACAAGGUCUCUAUCCCAUUUUUGCGUCCAGAGUUACGAAGUUGUAUUGUGACUGAAUUUUAUUUGUCUAUGAUUUCCACCCCAGUCCAAAACUGUUAGACAAAUUGUUGUGUGUAUGAAAUGGUGAUCAGAACAUGAAAAGUCAUAUUGAAUGGAUACCUCCAUAUACAGCAGGUAAAAGAAAUGGACAAAAAUAGGUAGUGUAUUUGAGGUGAUUUCGAGUUUGUGUAGUGUUGUGUGUAAUGUGUCGUAAGGUGUCAUCUGUGACGGUCCUGUUUUUAAUGGCCAGAUCAUUAAAGGCAGGGUGCAUGAUUUUUGAAAAACACUGGAAAAGGAAGUCGGGCCGAGUACCAAAACACACUUGUAGCCAAUCAGCAGUAAGGGGCGUGUCUACUAGCCAACAUUGGCCCUGUCCCAAAUGGCGCACUUCAUGUGGACUUUCGGUCUCGUGGUCUUAAAUUGAGCGUGCUCGCUUAGUCCACGAGUCAGUAGGGUGUCCCAUCUGUCAUUUUUACGCUUUGAAGUGUGCUCAUCAGCGCCUCCUUUGCCCCCUUGAUGCGGUUUUUAGCAAAGCUUGCACUGCAGCAGGCUUCGCGCACUUUACCAACCCAGAAGUCCUUGCGAAAGAGGAAGGGAGGAGUUCACACUGACGGGCAACUUCUCUACCUACUUCCAGCUUGAGUCUGUCCCAAAAUACGACUCCAGUGCACCCACGUGGACUCGCAUUAAGGGUCCCUUAAGUCUGGACUACGUGAUGUCAUCAAAGUGUGGACUCUGAGGAGGACCACAAGUCCGGAGUGUGCCAUUUGGGACAGGGCCAUUGUUGCCUGGGCUGCGUAUGUGUGGGCUGGGUCUAUCAAAUGAAGGUCCAGAUUCUAUUGGGGUAGGGGCGUGUUUGUUUAGGUGAUUUCAAAUAUCAACAUUGGCUUUCAGAGAUCAUGCACCCCACCUUUAACAGAGGAAGGGGAUCAAGCUGCUUUUCUAAAAAGAGUGAAAUUUGUGACGCACCACAGUUUGUCUUCCUUUCCUUUUGAUGUGAAAGUCUUAAGUGACGUCUGUGUUUAAAUCAGGUGUUUGUGUUAGGUGCUUUUGACCUGAGUUUUAUUUUCUUUUAGUUUAGAUGAUAACAAUCAUGUUGAUUUUUAAAUGUUCUGAGUUUGUUUCUGUUUUUUGUUUUUGUUUGUUUAAGCCUGUAUAUUUCAGGUUUGAUUACCUGUUUGCGGAGUGAUAUAACUGCUACAUUGCUCAUAAUUUUAACUUUUAUUCUAUUAUUUUUUUUAUAUAGUUGUGGGAACCUUGGAGGAAAUCUGUGAUUUGUGGCACUGUUAAUUUUGUCCAAAGCUUGAUUGGCUUUAUUUUUAAAUUUAGUAGUAACUAUUCUUUUUAGAAGCCUGAAGUUUUCCAUAAUGAAAUGUAUAUUCAAAUGAUUAUUGAAUCAUUGACAUCUUUUCGUUCAGUGUUUUCUCUCUCUUAUGUCAUUCACAUGUAUGGAUAGGUUGUCCACAGAUCCAGACCAAAGUCAAAUCAGCAGAGAGACAAUCUCAGGAAGUGCUGUGAAAGUACAGUAACUCCUUCCUCACUCCUCUCUUUAUUCUGCAAUGUUUAAUGCAUGAGUGGUUAUAUCAUGGUUUUGAUGACUAGUGAAUUCAAUGUGUGCGUAUGCAUGUGUGUUUUAGUUUUAUGAAACAACAUCAUCCUUUGUUUAGACCUUCAAAAGGUAAUGUCCUAAUGAUUAAUUUCUCGGUUCCCUACUUUGUUUGACAGUUUGAAGAAAUAAUUUUAAGGGAAUAAUUAAUGCAACUUUAUUUAUUUUGUUUUUAACGCUGUCUGUUUCUCUGUUAAACUUUCAUUAGCGUGGCUUCCUUGUCCUAACAUACAUCUGUUAAUAGUUUGAGAUGUUAUUUCAGAUUUCUAUUUUCUAUAUUUGGCAUUAUUGUCUUGGGGCGCAAAUUGUGUAGAGACUGUGCCACUAAAAUUAGAGAAAUCAGUGGACCUGGUUUUAUUUUUUUUUAUUCUUUUAUCUGAAUUAAUGGAUUUGAUUCAUUACUGGCUGUUGAAAUGUAUUCUGUUUUGUUGCUAAUCCUAUAUCACUUGUAGGCUGUAAGCUUUUUAAAACUUGAAAUGGUGCGGUUAUAAGUAGCAGGACUUUAGCCCAAAAAAAUAAAGUAUUCAGUUUGUUUAAUCCUAUAGGGAUGGUAGGCUCUGUCCCAGGAGAAUAAGUAUAUAGCAUCUGCUGAGUGAAGUGUUUGUACAGCAUAGUAGAUGUUUAAUGAAAAAAAUCUAAAGGAAAUGGAAGAAAAAAAUAAAAGAAUGUUUUAAAUCUA